AUGAGGGAGGUUGGGGAUGGCGAAGACGACAUGCCACCUGCCGGGAGCUCGUUUGCCGACAGGACCCGCAAGGUGGCGCCCGCCUUCUCGUUUGGUGCGCGCACAGCCGAGAAGAAGACGCAGGAGGCCCCCGGCCCCCACUACGUCGAUCCAACCAUGUCCCGCCACGGCAAGACCUCGGGCUCUGCAUUCACCAUCUCCGGCCGCCCGCGCUCGACGAAGAAGUUUGCCUCGCCAGGGCCCGGUGCAUAUGCGACGGAGGGCCGCGCGCCGCCCCGCCAGCGGCGGUCGCCGGCCUACUCGAUGGGCGCACGCGUUGCCUCCCCCCGCAAGACGGAGGUGCCGUCGCCCAACAACUACACUAUGCCGGGUUCGCUGGGCAAGUCCGUGUAUGGGCGCCACCGCUCGGGCCCAUCGCACUCGAUGGGGGUGCGCCACCAAGUUGGGAGCAUCGCCGCGUCGACAAUAAAGAAGACGCCCGGGCCCGGCACCUACAACGCCAGCACAAACACGCGCAGGCGGGCACCCGCAUUCUCCAUGACGGGCCGCACAGAGGCGCCAUCAGACAAGACGAUGAAGCCAGGCCCCGGCGCGCACAGCCCGGAGAAGGUGACAAUGCACAAGCGUCGCUCGCCGGCCUUCUCGCUCGGCGUCCGCCACUCAGAAUACAUCACCCCGCUCAUCGUCGACAUCCCGCCAGAGUAGCGCGCACUUAUAUGCACACACACACGUGCGCAUUGUUUGUGCUGUCAUUGCUGUGGCUGUGACACUGUGCCCAGUGUUUUGCGUGGUGUGAUGCGUGCCAGCCAAAGUCAAUCCCUCUCCUUCUCCCCUCUCUCUCUCUUGUCCUUCUGCUUUUCGAUUUUAUUGUGCACUGGACGAGACUACUUGCUCCCCGUCCACCACACACGCUUCCUUGAUUGCUGUCAUGCCCCCCUGUCCUGUCGUCGGUGGCGCCUGUAUGCUGCACCAGCUGCUGCAACUGACUUGCUGUGACCGUGACAAUCACCAUGGUGGUGGUGCUAUUGUUGGUUAUGUAUUUGUUGUUGGUUCACCCAUUCAUUGCCUGCUGGUUCAAGUGCACAUUUGCGCGUGCGUGAAUGCUGUCUCUCAUAGUAAUUGUCAUUGCAUGUUGUGUGGUCGUGUGUGUGUGUGUGUGUGUGUGUGUGUGUCUGCCUGGCACGUGCAUGUGUAUGUAUCUGUCUGUUGUUUGUGACUCGCACACUCGGCUGAAAUGAAACGCGGUUUUUAGAUGCGUAUACUCGCUCAGA